AUGGGCAACCAGUUGGGCAGCGAGAGUCGGACAGACCGUGUGAAGCUGCUCUUGCUGAGCGGUGGCCCUCAAGCAGCCUUCAACGCUCACAAGGUUCUGCUGGUGGUGGCCACCGACGAGAACCAGGUUUGGUCGUUGAAGUCAGUCAUCACUGAGCGAGGCUGCAGCCCAGACUUGGUUGACCUUCCGCAAAGCAAGACAGGAUCCUUGCGCUGGGCCCUCUGCAACGAGGACUCCAUCAUCCUCGCCACUGUGGAGACUAGUGGGCCGCUGGAGUCCAUUGUCUUCGAAGGCAUGGUCCUGGGGGUGCGCUAUGGCAAGAAGCAAGAGGCCGCAGCCAAGCAGGCAAGCGCCAGCGACACGCCUGCAAGUGCAAGCGGCCACUCCGAGCCAAAGCCCGCGCUGGACCAGCCCGCGCCGGACCAUCCCCAUCCUGAGGCAGGCAAGCCCGAUGCCACAUCUUCCCCUGGCGAGCCCAACGUGCCACCCACCCAGGAGCCGAAGGAGUUUGGGCCCUCUGAGCCUGAGUCCGCAGUCCCUGAGCCUGGAGUCCCCGAGUCCCAGACUCCAAGGGCUGCUCCAGCUUCACGCUUGCAGAUGGUGAGGGCCAGCCGUGAGUCCACCAAGUGCAGUGCAAGCAGUGUUGUGCUGGACACAGCUGGCGAGGGCGAGGACAUCACGGCCCUCCCCAUGCACGAGAUUGAGCAAGCGCUGCUGAAGGGGAAGCCCCUUCCUGGAUGGAACGCGCAGGGCAACGUUCAGAAAGAUCUGGCGUACGUGAAGAUCUUUUACAGUGCCCGGCUGCAGAACUACCAUCCAGACAGUCUCUGGCCGCCUGUCACCUUUGACAAGGAGGCCAGCCGUUUGGUGCGCGAGCUCGGAGAGCAGCUCCAGCGCCUGCAAGGCAGUGAGGCGCGGCUGUCGGAGCAGUCGCUCUACGACAUCCAGGUCAUCAAAACCUGGGUCCACUACACCAAGCAAGGCAUCGUGCCGCACGGUCCCCUCCUUGGCUGGGCCCGCAUGAUGGGCCACGAGCUCUACUUCCACGUUUACGCCGAGGACCAGCCGCCCUUUCUCAUGGCGAGGGUCCCCAGCUUGCAGUACUGCGAGUACCCUUUCCUGGACCACACCAAGGACAUCUGCGAGGGCGUCAAGCAGCUCUUUUGCCAAGCUGGCUUCUGGAAGGUCCCCACGCUGAAGUUGCCAGUGGGCAUGGCUCUGCCAUCCAUGACACCAGAGCGGCAGAAUGAGCAGCUGCUUGCCUGCGCUUGGCCGGAUGGCGUGAUGAGUGGCAUGAUCCCGGACGGCGUAGAGCUUCGCAUCCUGAACAAGCAGGUGAUUGCCCACUCUGCCUUCCGCAAGUUUGAAGGGGCGCCGCCCAGUGGGCCCAGCUCCUUCUUUUUCGACCACCAGCCAGGCAGGACACAGCAGUCGGCUGGGGACGGCUCCAUCAAGCUGACCUGGGUCCGUCGGGCGGACAGCCCGGGACAGCAGAAGAACUUCACGGUUACUGCUGUCAUGCCAGCUGAGCCUCCGAGCCUCAGCGGAAUCAGCAAAUUCACCUACACGCAUGGCUUGUACCAGCAGGAAGGUGGCAGGUGGAAGGCGCUCUACUUGCGCCUCACUUCCCCGAGUGCCCAGCGAGGCUGCGAGCCCAAUGUCUUGGAGCUCUUCGCCCUGGACAAAGUGACUGAGGAGAUGGCCAAGUCCCUCACCACCAUGUCGCCCGCAGGGCAGGGGUUCAUUCCCCGUCGCAGCAAGGCUGGAUUUGUCGUUCGGGGCGAGCGCCCGUUCGAGAAGGACCCCACUGGCUGGGUCUGGCAAGACGAGCACAAUGGCCCGGUCACCAUGUACAUGAAGGACCACUUCUUCAAGCAGUGGUCCCAGGAGGAGCCCACCUACUACUGGGACCCUGAGUCGUACAAGUGGGAGGCAAUCAAGGAGGAGGAUGGCACCUGGCAUUUCAUGACCAGCAAUGAUUGGAUGCCGGCAUGGGCAAAAGUUCCAUCCCAGCCAGGCGCACAUGAAACAUCACAGCCGUCCCAGCCGUCCCAAGGGUACUAG